AUGGCGGCUUCCUCCACCGCCGCCAUCAUCGUCAGCUGCUCCUUCCCCGCUCCGCCCAAACAAGGCGCUGCUGCAGGCGUGUCGGUGUCGUCGUCGCACGCGCUGCGCCGGGCGUGCGUGGCAGCCGCGGCGUGCACCGUGAUCGGGAUGGCGAGCGGCGGCGGCGACAUGGCCCUGGCGCUGGCACGGGGCGGCGGCGCGGUCGCCUCGAGGGCCGACGCCGUGCCCGUGGACGUGGCCCUAGGCGCCGCCGCCGCCGCCGCGGUGGAGCGACCGCAGGCAGUGCCCGCCGUGGCGCGCCAACUCGCUGGAGAACAUCGUGCCGGAGAACCUGCCCCGUCCGUCCGCGCCCAGGAGGUUCGACAGCGUCUCGGCCUCGGCGGCCGCGCCGGACUUGGCGGCGCCGCCUUCUUUCCUGGGGCAGCUUCCCGGCACGGGCUGCUUCUCUCUCUCUGA